AUGUCCACCGAGAUAAUAUCCGGUGCCCCAGCUCUAGAGGAGACACCCAAACCCGAAAUUGACACCAACAACCUCAAGCGAAAAGCAUCAUCUAGCCCCCCUGCCGAACCCGACUCCCCGAAGCGCCCCAAGACCGAAACGCCGAGCGAUAAGCUCCAACCCCCCACCCCGACCAGAACCUCGCCCGAAGCCAAAGCAAGCGAUGCGGACAGAAAGGAUCGCAGCGCCGUUUCUAUCGAGGAGGCUCGCGCGCGCGUGGCGCGGGAAGAAAAGAGCCGGGGGAGACGACUGUUCGGCGGGCUCCUCGGGACACUGAACCAACGGGGGAUGACGGCGCAGCAGCAGAAGAGGUUGGAGAUUGAGAAGAAGCAGCAGGAGAGGUUGAAGCAGCAGAGGGUUGCGGCGCUGGAGGCGCAGGCGGGGAGGAAGUCGAAGAUUGAGGAGAGGAGGAAGGUGUCGGAGAUUCACUGGAAGGAGCUGGUGCUGAGGGAGCAGCAUAGAGCUCUGAGGCAACGGGCGAGGGUAUUGCAUACAAAGACGCUGCCGUCAAUUCAAUGGAAACCUUGGAGAUACACCGAAGCCCAGAAGGAGAUUAUCCGAGAGCAGAAAGAGGAGGCCGAAGAGAAAAUCAAGAGAGACCUCGAGGAAUUCCAACUAAAGAAAGAAGCCCAUGCGCGGAAAUUCAACCUACCACCGCCUCCGAGACGCGAAGAGCCCCAGGAGGCCAAGGCACCCCGGGAAACGCCCGCCGAGAAGGAAGCUGAUGAGACGUCCACCGUAAUAGCGAAGCAUGUCGGGUCUGCCGCCGCCGUCACCGAGGAGCCCAAGGAGGCUCGUUCGGAUGUUGAUAAGGAGCAGAAUGAUGAGUCGGGGGACGUUAUGAUGGAGUCGGGUGAGGACGUUGUCAUUUACUGA